AUGGAACACCGCAAACGCGCGGCCCGAGCAUGCGACGAGUGCCGAAGGCUGAAGGAGAAAGACAGAGCUGGGAGAUCUGAAUUUUCAGAAUUGAUCGAGCGCUCCAGGUAUAUGGAGCGUAUUCUAAAGCGUACGAUAGAAGGGAUCUCUUUCGAUACGAAGAGUCUGGGAAAAUUGGCAGAAGCGCUUGACGCCGAUUACCAUGCUAAAGGCGCAAUUUCCUCCGACCCUAAAGAUGUUGAGGGAUUGGGUAUAGACGAUGAGGCGUGCACAAUGGAACCAGUUGGUGAUACCACAACCCACUUUUCCGGGGAAUUCUCAUAUUGGAAUUUCUCCAUGCGCAUUAAAAGUCACAUACAAAGCCAAAUAAAGGAGCCGGAUACCCGAGAUCCUGAUCAUGCCUCGAACUUUCCACGCGCCCAUCACUUACGCCCCUCAAAUAAUCACCUAUCGGCGGCAAUCGCAUCUUUCCCUCCUCCAUACAUUGCAAAUUUUUUGGUGAAACUAUUCUUCAAGUACUCAGAGACCCAUUACUUUUUAGUGCAGGAAUCAUGGGUCCUUUCAAAAGUCGACCUAUUAUACAAUAACCCCGACUGCUUUUCCCACAAAGGAGCAGAAGUCACCGUUGCCAUUGUUUUGUCGGUCUUUGCUAUUGGAACACAAUACGCCCAUCUUGAAUCCCUUGGGCAAGCUUCGACGAGCGCGUCGGGAUCAACAUUUUCAGAGGAUGAUGUUGGCGCUACGUUCUAUCAACACGCUAUCCGCCUACUACCUGAGAUCAUUGAGAUCGCCUCACUCGAAAGUGUACAGGCUUGCUUACUUUUUGGCUAUUAUGCGCUGCCUGUUGAUGCGUCUGGAUUAGGAUUCAUAUAUAUCAACCUUGCCAUGCGCCUUGGAAUGCAGAAUGGUAUGCAUCGGAAAUGCAAAAACGAUGCAUUUACCCGCUCCAUGGUUGAAACUCGCAAUCGGGUUUGGUGGACGGCGAAGAUAUCUAUCUUUCACGGUCGACCUCUUUCGGUACUUCGGUCGGAUGUGGAUGCAAAUAUUCCUCUCUAUCAAGCAAUUUUCCAGCCACAAGACUACCCAGAAAGCAUCACUCGAGCAGAGAUCUCAAUUCAGCUAGUUCAUUUCCUUGAAGACACCUUCCAUGAGAUCAACCUCCUGCGAAAUUGCCAAAAACAAGAGAUAUCCAAGAUUGUCUCCCGCUUGCUAACAACAAAAAGCGCUCUGAUGAAUUGGUGGGACUCUCUCCCAAAUGAUGUCGUGACCGUACGAGCCCAGCAACCCGAACAUAUUCGCUCCGCGAUGCACCUAAAACUAGAAUACUGUCUGGUGCGAAUGUUCGUCGGCAGACCAUUCCUCCUCAAACAAGAAAACCCACACUCCAACACAAGCUCACCAGCCCAUUCCGACGCAAUCGAGAAUCAGCCCCGGUCAACCGAUGGUGGAUCCCAGAAAUCCAUAACAGGUCGAAAUGACCUGAUCCAUGACUGUAUCCAAGCAGCCACCGAAGCACUGGAUAUCUGUCAAAUAUUGCGAGAUAGCGGGCUAGGCCUUGCACGAGCCUCGUAUAUCGAGUACAGUUCGUGCCGGGCCUCACUGCUCGUGUUAAUCGCCUACUCGAUCCAGAAUUUCUCCGAACAAUUCCGCAAGUCGUUAUAUGAAGGCUUGGAUAUGAUCCGGGAAAUGUCUGCUGCUGGCGAAUCUGCUCGGUCGGAGGUGUCGUUGAUCGAGUCGCUGGAACGUGCUCUUGCUCGGCUGCAUACUGGAGCGCAAAAUGCGCGUCAGGGCGAAAGCCAGCAGAAUACAAUGUCUGAUUACGAGGCUUUCAAGAACUGGGGAGCACAUUUGGCAGAGAAAGGAAAACCGGGUUACUCUGGGUCAGCACCAGACCCUUCUCCUAGUCACGUUUCAACGGCGGCUUUACAAAUUGGUGAUAUUACUGGCUUUAGUAACCACCAGGACUGCAUGCCUGAACCUGACAAUGACCUGUUCAAUGCCUUUGAUCCUAUGAUUCAAAUGUCUAUAUUCGGCACCGAGAAUCUAUCACCGUCGGUUGGAUGGCCGACCUACACCGAGGCGCAAGUGUUAGAGCAUUUUCUAACAAACCCACACUAUGGAGCAGGGUGA